UUCUACUGCAUCUCACGACCUUUUCCUGAGUGAAACAUCCCGCAACGUUUUCGUCUUCUGCUUCCGUUUAGACAUGAAGAGAUGUGGAGACGGAGAGGAAGGAGAUCAGAUGGAGAGCGUCAACGUGGCUAACGUUCUCGUGCUUCUCUCUCGUGGCAGCAGCGGCGGAGAGGAGAUCAUCGACAUCUCGUCACGGCAAUCUCCGGUCCGUGUUUUCGCGUGCAAGACCUGCAACCGCCAGUUCCCGUCCUUCCAAGCGCUCGGGGGCCACCGGGCGAGCCACAAGAAGCCGAGGCUCGCGGCGGACCGCCAGGGUCAGGUCCAUACGGAGCUCGCGAAGCCGAGGGUGCACGAGUGCUCCGUUUGCGGCCUCGAGUUCGCCAUCGGCCAGGCCCUGGGCGGCCACAUGAGGCGGCAUAGAGCCGCCGCUCCGCAGGCCCUCACGGGGAAGAAGCCCGAGGACAAGAGGACCUUGUGGUUGGACCUGAACAUGCCACCGUCGGAGGGAGACGGUGACUACCGGAAGAAGAUUUUUGGGUUCGAGCUCGCGGACACAACUCCUUCUAUGGUGUUGGACUGCUUUCAUUGAUCGAUCCGCCUAUACCUCUGUCUUAAUUCCUCGUCUUCUCUCUUGUCGUUCACCACAUCUGUGGGAUGAAUACUAGGCGUGUUUUGAGCUUUUUGAUGAUUGCUGUUCGAAAUUUUAUUGAUCUUACUGACUAUUAAUGGAUCACGAGCCGGUCAUGAUGAGAA